GCUUUCCAGCAGCAGCAAAGCGACGCUUUUCAAGAGGAGAGCGCAGAUCGGAAGAGGCAAGAUUCUGCAGACUCACAACCAGCACCCUCAACUCUGACAGGUAGCGGCUUUCUCUGAGCAGAUCAGGCAGGGUGCCCAUGUGCCUCUUCCAUGCCCCUUCCACAACUCCUGCCAACUCGGAGCUGCUUUGUAUAAUGGGACGUGGGAACGCCUGCCUGCGGGAGCAUGUGCUCUGCCACUGAUCCUGGCUCGUAGUGCACGCCCUCCUUAAGACUGUUUGCAAACAACCCAGAGCCUUGAAAGGAGCAAAGAGAAGCCGACCAACAAGGACAGCACGAGACAGCCAUGCCCAUCUCGAGGAAGUUCAGAGGGCAAACUUCACGCACUGUUGAGCUAUAAAGAAUAUUGCUGGGUUGUUCCCUGCCCCACUCAAGGUGCAUGUAUGUGCAUAUACUGAAGAUCUCGCUCUCUCUAUAUAUCUAUCGGCCUUCUUUCUAUUUGGGGCAUUCGCUGCGAACAGAGCAACUCGGAGCAGAGAACUGACAGCAGGAGCGUUUAAAAUGAAGACUGAAAAUCAAUAUACGGGCGCCGUGCCAUCCGAAGGCAGGAAGGGGAAAUGGCAAGAGGAACCCCGAACAAAAGAACAUUUCCCAUUUGGAGCAAAAAGGCGGGAAAGGAAGAUUAACAUUUCCAGUAAACAGAGUACUUGUGAACUCAAUAGACAGAAUACUUGUGAAUCUUCUGGAGAUGGUACCCUGAUUACAGCGAUGUCUUGGAAUGUCAAUAUGUAAAUUCAAAGAAUGACCCUCAUCCUCAGCUUGGUGACCUUGGUGGCUGCCUUUGGGUCGUCUUUCCAGUACGGCUACAACGUCUCCGUGAUAAACUCUCCAGAACUGUUCAUGAAAGCUUUUUACAACGAAACCUACUACGAAAGGAAUGGGGAGUAUAUGAGCAAGGACAUGAUGACAGCCCUCUGGUCAAUCACAGUGUCUUUCUUCCCACUUGGAGGCUUCUUUGGGUCACUAUUGGUUGGCCCCAUGGUGAACAAAUGUGGCAGAAAAGGCACCUUGCUGAUCAACAAUGUCUUCUCCAUCAUCCCUGCAAUUCUCAUGGGAGCCUCCAAGGUGGCAAAGACUUUUGAAGUGAUCAUCGUCUGUCGGAUCAUCAUUGGCAUCUGUGCAGGCUUGUCUUCCAACGUUGUCCCCAUGUACCUUGGAGAGCUGUCUCCCAAAAACCUAAGGGGGGCCGUGGGGGUGGUCCCGCAGCUCUUCAUCACCAUCGGGAUCCUCGCUGCUCAGAUUCUGGGCAUGCGGAUGAUCCUCGGAAGCACAGAAGGCUGGCCAAUUCUGUUGGGUCUAACUGGGAUCCCUGCAGUGCUGCAGCUUUUCCUGCUUCCCUUUUUCCCUGAAAGUCCCAGGUACCUGCUGAUUCAGAAGGGAGAUGAAGCAGGUGCCAAAGCAGCCCUGAAGAAGCUGAGGGGCUGGGAUGACGUAGAGGAGGAGAUGGAGGAGAUGCGCCUGGAGGACCAGGCGGAGAAAGCAGAGGGGCGGAUGUCCGUGCUGACCCUCUUCACCUACCGAGGCCUCCGCUGGCAGCUCAUCUCCAUCAUCGCGAUGAUGGCGGGGCAGCAGCUCUCCGGGAUUAACGCCGUCUACUACUACGCUGACAGUAUCUAUAGGAGCUCAGGUGUGGAGGAAAACGACGUGCAGUUCGUGACCGUGGGGACAGGAGCUGUCAACGUCGUGAUGACGUUGUUAGCGGUCUUUAUCGUCGAGUCUCUGGGGCGGAGAAUUCUGCUUCUGGCCGGUUUUGGGAUCUGCUGUGCUGCCUUGGCUGUGCUAACGGUGGCUCUGAAUCUCAAGCACAUCAACGGGAUGCCCUACUUGAGUAUAGCCUGCGUUAUUGCCUAUGUCAUCGGACACGCUAUCGGAGCCAGCCCGAUUCCGAGUGUGAUGAUAAUUGAGAUGUUCCUCCAGUCGUCUCGCCCAGCGGCAUUCAUGGUUGGAGGCUCUGUUCACUGGCUAUCAAACUUCACAGUGGGUCUGGUCUUCCAAUACAUGGAUCAAGGGCUCGGAGCCUAUUCAUUCCUCAUUUUCUGCGGCAUCUGCUUGGCCACCUUCAUUUACAUCUUCCUGGUAGUCCCCGAAACCAAGAACAAAACCUUCAUGGAAAUCAACCAGAUCAUGGCGAAGAGGAACGGCACCGAAGAUGAGACGGACAAAGAGGAAAUGAAGGAUUUUGCUGACAUCUCACAGCCUUACAGCAAGAAAGCCGAGGCACAGAGGAACAGCGCCCUCUAAGACAUCUCUGGUCCCUCACCCAGGAGUGGCUGAAGCCCAACUCUCCUCCAGCCAUCUUGGUGGCACAUGCCACCCUUCGAAUUUCCUCCCCCUCCCCGCAUUGUCGUGGGCGAGGUGUAAAUAACCCCAUGUAGUUGUGCCCUCCAAUACCCUCCUUGCUACAUCCUUCUCACAUGGACAAAAACUCCCAGCAGCAGCCCCCCCCCCAAAAAAAAGAUACUGCCCUUUCUCUAGCAUCAAAGACUUUGCCAUUUCCGGAUGCCUUGCCUAUAAUUUUUUUAAAAGGCGUUCACCUGUUCAAGACACAUUUCUGAAGAACCAAGAUGGGAAACUUCUUGCCAGUUCGGAAGCGUUUCCAAAGACGGUAACUGAGUUUGGAGGGUGUUGGCAAAGCGAUCUGCAGGCAGAUGUGUGUUUGGUUGUUAGGCAUUGGGCUGCUGUGAAUCCACCUGACCCUGAGAUUCACUGUAUGGCUGGACCCAAGAUCCUCUUACAAAUGUAGUAUUUCCUCUCUGCAUUUCUUCUGCCUUCACAUCCCACAAACUGAAGCACAGACCUGGGGGUGUACUCCGAGGUAAGUCAAGAUAAUCUGAUUUUAGACACCUGGCAAGCACGCAAUUCCUCUUUGCAAAAGGCAGAGGACGUGCCACAAGACCAUUUCAGCCAAGCCGUACCCACAAGCUGUCUUAUUGGAGGGUUCCUAGUAGACCCAUCAAUGAGAAUGAACAUGACUGCCUUAGAUUCAUGCAUUCCAGUGGGUCUGCACUGAGCAUAAUUUGGUUGGAUACAAUCCUGAGGGCAUUAGGUGUAGGCAGGUAAAGACCUGAUCCAGCUAAAAGGGGCUUUGCCAAACCCACCCCACCCCCCAAUCAGCCCUAGAGCAACACAAACCCAGAGGCCUUUCAUCAUAUCUGCUGCAGCCCUUAUUUUAACUCUGCAUGGGGGUGGGCAUGUGACAGAGUCCUUAUUUCAUUGCAGGAAGCCCUGCCAAUGGAAAGAAGUGAAACUCUAUAUCUGUCCAAUGCCUGCACUGGCAUUUCUAGCCUUAAAAAGCCCCCACGCCCAACUUAAUGGGGUUCCUAACGAGGUCUCAAAUGACUCAGUGGACCCAGAAUAAUUCUGAAUUCCUUGCUGGAGAGUGUAUGUGUGUUUGCAGGGGGGUCAUGAUGUUUUGGCACGUAUCCCUGCUCGUUAAGGAAGUGAAAGGAGUCUGUUACAACACCGUUUUUUAACCUCAACUCUUCCCCUGCUGGAUUGGUAUCAAUUGCCAGGCUAUAAUGGCUAUAACUAAAACACUAAUUUUAAUCAUUUUGAUUUUCAUUAAAGCACCAAUGGAGCUCUAAUUUUGAUUCAGCCUUAGCUUAACAGGCAAAUAAGUCUAGAAGGCAGUAUCCCUUAAAUGCCUUCCAUCUAGCUGGCUUGAGAUUUUGCUGUCUGCUUUUCGUGAAAGUGGACAUUUCUCCCACGACCUAGAAACAAUCAUGAAAAUUUGCAAUUUAAUUUUAAGCACAAUUUGUGUGCUUUACGUUUACUGUGUGCUUUAAAAAGUGGUGAAGGGGUGUCCUUGCUUGUGGAUGAAGUGAGGAAUAUAAUGCACAUUUGAGUUUUUUAAUUAUUGUUAUUUUAGUAUUGAACUAGGGUUAUUUUAGAGGGGAAAGCAGGUUUUUAGGAUUAAGGGAUGUAUAACACACAUUCUGGGACCCAGGUGGCACUGUGGGUUAAACCACUGAGCCUAGGGCUUGCUGAUCAGAAGGUCAGCGGUUCGAAUCCCUGUGACGGGGUGAGCUCCCGUUGCUCGGUCCCAGCUCCUGCCAACCUAGCAGUUCGAAAGCACGUCAAAAUGCAAGUAGAUAAAUAGGAACCGCUACAGCGGGAAGGUAAACGGCGUUUCCAUGUGCUGCUCUGGUUUGCCAGAAGCGGCUCUGUCAUGCUGGCCACAUGACCUGGAAGC